AGACCUGGAGCCAGGGCAGCGAGAAGGCAUCUGACGGAGCCGGCAGAGCAAGACCAGCCCCAAACAACGAGAGGAACAACAGCCCCUUAGGCCGCACCUGCCACAGACCCCAAACCCCCAUCAGCCAAGCAGGACCCUCGGAAGGAUGGCCGACGCUCAGACACAGGUGGCCCCCACCCCAAGCAUCCCAGUGGCAGCUACAGAGGACCUGCCCCUCCCUCCACCACCUGCUCUGGAGGAUCUGCCACUGCCGCCACCCAAGGAGUCCUUCUCCAAGUUCCACCAGCAGCGGCAAGCCAGCGAGCUCCGCCGCCUCUACAAGCACAUCCACCCCGAGCUCCGCAAGAAUCUGGCUGAGGCUGUGGCUGAAGACUUGGCUGAGAUCCUGGGUUCCGAAGAGCCCACUGAGGGUGAUGUCCAGUGCAUGCGCUGGAUCUUUGAGAACUGGCGGCUGGACGCCAUUGGGGACCAUGAGAGGCCACCUGCCAAGGAGCCUGUGCCCGGCGGCAAUGUCCAGGCCACCUCCCGCAAGUUUGAGGAAGGCUCCUUUGCCAACAGCACAGACCAGGAGCCAGCCGGACCUCGGCCAUCUGGAGGGGACGUCCAUGCAGCCCGCUGGCUGUUUGAGACAAAGCCACUGGAUGAGCUGACGGGCCAUGCUGAGGCACCGGCAGCUACAGUGAGGGAGCCUGCAGCCAGUGGAGAUGUCCAGGGUACCAGGAUGCUCUUUGAGACGCGGCCACUGGACCGCCUGGGCUCCCGCCCCUCCAUCCAGGAGCAGAGCCCCUUGGAGCUGCGCUCAGAGAUCCAGGAGCUGAAGGGCGAUGUAAAGAAGACGGUGAAGCUGUUCCAAACAGAGCCACUGUGUGCCAUCCAGGACGCAGAGGGAGCCAUCCACGAGGUCAAGGCCGCCUGCCGGGAGGAGAUCCAAAGCAACGCGGUGAGGUCUGCCCGUUGGCUCUUCGAAACACAGCCUCUGGACGCCAUCAACCGGGACCCCAGCCAGGUGCGGGUGAUCCGGGGGAUCUCUCUGGAGGAGGCAGCCAGGCCUGACGUCAGUGCAACUCGCUGGAUCUUUGAGACACAGCCCCUGGAUGCCAUCCGGGAGAUCUUGGUGGACGAGAAGGACUUCCAGCCAUCCCCAGAUCUUAUCCCUCCUGGUCCAGACGUUCAGCAGCAGCGGCAUUUGUUUGAGACCCGAGCACUAGACACUCUAAAGGGGGAAGAGGAGGCUGGACCAGAGGCGCCACCCAAAGAGGAAGUGGUCCCCGGUGAUGUCCGCUCCACCCUGUGGCUAUUUGAGAUGCAGCCCCUGGAUACACUUAGAGACAAGGUCCAAGUGGGUCACCUGCAGCGGGUGGGACCCCAGGAGGGUGAGCGGUUCAUGUACGAGCGUCUAUCCAGUGAUGGUUCCUCAGCACUGUGCCUCUCUCAGAGUGCCCCCCAGAGGGAUGGGGUGAAGGGAGACGUGAAGACCUUUAAGAACCUUUUUGAGACCCUACCCCUGGACAGCAUCAGGCAGGGUGAAGCUUCGGCCCAUGGGAGCAUAAGCAGAGCAGAAGGAACUGAUUCUGCUGGGCAGUCCCAGGACAUAGGGUCCCCGGUGUAUGCCAUGCAGGAUGGCAAAGGCCACCUCCAUGCCCUGACCUCUGUCAGCAGAGAGCAUGUAGUCGGAGGUGAUGUACAGGGUUACAGGUGGAUGUUUGAGACACAGCCCCUAGAUCAACUAGGCCAAAACCCCAGUACCGUCGACGUGGUGCGGGGCAUCACCCGGCAGGAAGUGGUGGCUGGAGACGUGGGCACUGCCCGGUGGCUCUUUGAGACCCAGCCCCUGGAGGUAAUCCACCAACGGGAGCAGCAGGAACGACAGGAAGAAGAAGGAAAGCCUCAGGGAGGCCCUCAGCUUGAAGCAUCCCCCAAGGGCGAUGUGCAGACCAUCCGCUGGUUGUUCGAGACAUGUCCAAUGAGUGAGUUGGGUGAGAAGCAGGGGUCAGAGGUCACAGAUCCCACACCCAAGGCCAAGGCACGGUCCUGCACCUGGAUGUUCACGCCCCAACCCCCAGACAGACCAGAAAGCUCCAGGGAGCAGCACCUUGAGGUCAGCCAGGUCCAGGCUGGGGAAAGACAAACAGACAGAUACGUCUUUGAGACUGAGCCUCUGCAGGCCUCAAGCCAUCCCUGCAGAAGGGGGCCUGUGCGAUACUGCAGCAGAGUGGACAUCCCCUCAGGGCAGGUGUCUCGUCAGAAGGAGGUUUUCCAGGCCCUGGAGGCAGGCAAGAGGGAAAACCAGGGAUCCAGGGUAAUCCCUGAGCCCAUCCCAGCAGGCUCUGUGCACAAGUUCACCUGGCUCUUUGAGAAUUGCCCCAUGGGCUCCCUGGCAGCUGACAGCAUCCAUGGGGGCAACCUCCAGGAAGAGCAGCCCAUGGGCCCCUCAGGCAACAGGGUGUGGGAGAGGCAACAGACUGCAACUGAGGGGACCCUGCGGACUCUGCACGCCACGCCUGGCAUCCUGCACCACGGAGGCAUCAUCAUGGAGGCCCGAGGGCCAGGGGAGCUCUGCCUUGCCAAGUACGUGCUCCCAGGCCCAGGGCAGGGCAGCCCCCACGUUCGGAAGGAGGAGCUGGUGUCUGGCGAGCUUCCCAGGAUCGUCCGCCAAGUGCUGCGCCGGCCAGACGUGGACCAGCAGGGGCUGCUGGUGCAGGAGGACCCAGUGGGCCAGCUUCGCCUCAAGCCACUGAAGCUGCCAGCACCAGGCAGCAGCUGGAAGGUCGAAGACAUGGACCCUGAGUUCCAGCAGUUGCUGGCUUGUGGCCUCGGGACGUCGGUGGCGAGGACUGGGCUAGUGAUGCAGGAGACAGAGCAGGGCCUAGUGGCACUGACCGCCUACUCUCUGCAGCCCCGGCUAACCAGCAGGGCCCCCGAGAGGAGCAGUGUGCAGCUGCUGGCCAGCUGCAUAGACAAAGGAGACCUGAGUGGCCUGCACAGUCUGCGGUGGGAGCCACCGGCUGACUCAAGUCCAGUGCCAGCCAGCGAGGGGGCCCGGAGGCUGCCCCUGACUGAGAGCAUCAUCCAUGUUCCCCCACUGGACCCCAGCAUGGGGAUGGGGCAUCUGAGAGGGCCGGGGGCCACCACCUGCCCCCCACAGGCCAUUGGAAAGGCAGUCCCUCUGGCUGGGGAAGAAAAGCAGGAAAGCAGGUGCACUGGGCAGAAAGGGAUGGAAGCUUUGGGAAAGUCAGAUGGAGCCACGACUAUGCCCCUGGGGCCCAGGUCCCCAAACCUCCAGGCUGCCAUGCAGAGUCUGCGAAUGGCAACAGCCGAAGCCCAAAGCCUGCACCAGCAAGUUCUGAGCAAGCACAAGCAGGGCCCCACCCCUGGAGCCGCCUCUAUGCCCUCCCAGGAUAGUCUUCUGCAAGUACCGGCCACAGCCACUGGGACUGCCCAGAGCAACACCAGGCCUCUGGCUGGAGGUGACACCAGGAUCCCAGCAGCCCCCAGAAAGCUGCUGUGAUGGGACCUGACUUCCCAGCCCAAGCCGGCCAUGAUGAGAAUUCCAUCCAGCAGGCCUCUGAGCCCACGCAGGACCCCCUUCUCCAGUCCCACAGCAGCCCUGCUGGCCAGAGAAGCCUUGGGGAUUCACAGACAAAAACCCCAAAACUGGAGCCCACCACGCACCCAAGGAAGAAGCCCCAGCUGCCCCCCAAACCUGCACACCUAAGCCAGAUCCCCCCGCCUCACUGGCUGCCCAAGCCCUCAGCCCUCUCUCCCAGCUCCUCUAAGGAGGUGGGGCAAGGAAAAUACAGACAAGGUGAGACUGGUACAGCUGACCAUGACCUUCGGCCAACCAAGGUCCCCACCACUGCAGGCCAGGGCCGAGUAUCGCCGGCUGGAUGCUCCACUGGACAGAGCCAGCACAGCCCCCAGCAUGACUCCAGCACCGUGGCCCCCAGGCCCACCAAAAGUCAGGCUGCGGGCAGCAACGACCAGAGCCCUGAGCCCCUCAAGCUCUCAGCUCUCAGCAGUGACCCUACCUCACCACAGCAGGGCCCCAGCCCCUCAGGAAAGAAGUGCACAGAUGGUUCCCAGCAAGGGGUCCCUGAGAGCUCCAAGAUUCUGCAGGGAAGCCAGCAAGAGCUCCAGGGCCUCCUGAGCCAGGUGCAAGCACUGGAGAAGGAGGCCAAAAGCACUGUGGACGUGCGGGCAUUGAGGAGGCUCUUUGAGGCUGUGCCCCAGCUGAGAGGGGCCCCUCCAGCUCCUGCUGCCCCCAACAAGCCCGAGGCCUCAGUGGAGCAGGCCUUUGGGGAGCUGACAAGGGUCAGCACGGAGGUGGCCCGGCUGAAGGAGCAGACCCUGGCCAGGCUGCUGGACAUCGAGGAGGCCGUGCACAAGGCCCUCAGCUCCAUGUCUAGCCUCCAGCCUGGGACUAACACCAGAGGCCAUUCCCAGGGACCUCUAAAGGACCACAGUGCCCACAAGGUCAGUGUCACAGACAGCAGUAGAGUCAGGCCCAACUGCCCAGGCCAGGAGGUCAGGAGUCAAACUGAGGCUACAUGCCACACUGAGGUCCAGGGUCAGGCCAAGGUCAGAAAUCACACUGAGGCCAGAAGUCAAGCAGCCCCAACCACCCCUUCUACUCGGAGGCUGGAGACCAUGAGAGAAGAGUCAAGCCUCCCUCGAGUGUUACCUCCCAGCAGAGAUUCACCCUCCUCCCCAACCUUUAUCUCCAUCGAGUCGGCCACUAGGAAGCUUCUGGAGGCUCCCAGCCCCAGGUGCAGCCCCAAGGUCUCAGUGAGAAGCACACACCUCCCCCAGGAUGUGGGCCAGGCUCAGCCCCACCAGAAAGAUGUCUGGGACAAGGCCAGGAAGAAAGAAGCCACCCAGUGCUCCGGACAGCCCCAGCAUGCCCCUGCCUCAGCCAGCCCCCUGCCCACCAGGCAGCAGAAAAGUGUUCUGGAGCUGCAGACUGGGCCCGGUGGCUCCCAGCACUAUGGAGCCACAAGAACAGUGACCGAGCAAUACGAGAGGGUGGACCAGUGCAGGACCUCAGUGCUCACCUCCCCCACCACGGUCACCGAGCCCACAGAGCCACCCAGGGGCCCAGGCCCCCACCUCGGGCUCCACGCCUCCCCCUUGAUGAGGCAGUUCCUGCACAGUCCAGCCGGGCUCAGCACAGGCCUGGCAGAAGCUGGGAAGGUGUGUGUGCCCUGCAGCCACUCCCAGCCAGCUGCCCAGUGAGCCCCUCCACCUCCCACCACAGCCUCCCACCCAUCCCCAGGGCCCUGGGACGGAGGUGGGUGCCUACCUCCUGCACAGAUGAGGCAAGGACCAAAAAGAAAGGGCAUCUUCUGAGACUUGUGGAAAGUUUCCUUUUCAUCAGUUCUUGCCAAAGGGGGGAAAGAAAAGUAGAAAGAAGCCCCUCUGAGUAGCCCAAGCCCAGGAGCUGGAUGGGGGCUCACAGCUGCUCGCGGAGGAUGUAAUCUGUACAGGCACACACGCUCCUCUCACAGGCCUGGCCCGCGUGCCAACACGAGUGAGUAUGCACGCCACUGCCUGAGACAGAGCCCCGUGAGUGACCUUCAGCCUUCAUUUCUUUUAAUACAAGUCAAAUGUUCUUAGUCUUCUGCUCCUUAAUUCCUGGAGAGGACAGGGCCAGCUGCACUGGUCUCUGUUUCAGAUUGGCUAGGGCCCCAGAAGGGCCCCUUCAUUACCAUCUCUCUCAUUCAGCGAGUCAUCCUGGCAGCACAAAGGUCAUACAGAAAAGGUCGGUGAUCACCAAUGUCCCUAGAAGCCAAAGGUUCUCUCCACCCCCAAUGCCCCUGACUCUGUACCCCAAAUGGGAAGGAUACAGUCUGAAUAAACCCAAGUUUUAUUCCCU